GUCUUUAUCGUUGAGACGCUACAUUCUGGGGGUAUUGCACUGUUCGUGUUCCAUAUCCUCAGGACCCAUAGCGCCACGGAAGGGUUGGUCUUGAUGCUCGGACUGGCCACUCUUCCUUCUUUACUACAGCUGGUCUGUCGUCCAAGGAAAGAACAAUAUCGUCCAGUUGUUGUCAUACUAGACAUUCUUGCCUUUCUAGCUCAGGUUUCGGCAGUAAGCGUUUUGCCAAUCCGAAACAAUCUAACUAAAAACUAUUCGCAUGAUAUAUGGAUAAUUCCGCUUGCAAUGGUGCUUACGUCUUUUGGUUGGUGGGAGAAUUUCUUUACCGGUCAGGUCGGACUGAUUUCAAAAUGGUUGAAAAUACUCAAAAGGAAUAUAAGAAGAUCAAGGAGCAAGACGUAUGCUUUUGUGAGCCUUUGGAAAAUUGCAGUUACCGUUGCAGUAAUGAUUGGCAUUAUGGGAGCAGAUGGAAUCGAGGCUGUCAGACGACUUUUUGUACUAAGUGCUCAUGGAAAAAUGUGCCCGAGGGGAUUAAAUUACACGGAUCUAUCAGCUGAUGACAUACAUGGCGGCCACUGGCAUUGGAUGGACGUUUGGCUGGUUCAAAUGCUGACCUCAUUCCUCUGUUAUAUGUUCUCUAAGGUUGCAUGCAAAGUUCAUAUCCAGACCUUCUCAUUUGCGAUCCCGAUGCUGCUCACUACACCCCUCUGCUUUUGUCUCCUUCUCUUUGCCUGCCAAGUCCAAAGUGAUGAUCCGGGAUAUUUCGAGUCAAUAUUACCCAAGUAAGUCAUGAGACCAAUUUUACAAUUUUUCAUUCUGAACCCCCUCUUAACACUUGAAAUUUAGAAAAUCACGGAGUGAUAGAAUGUCCCCUCCUUUAACUCAUAUUUGGCUCGCCGAUAUAAUUCAC